UCCUUUUUCAAGCCUUCCUUUGCCGUCCAAUGAUCGCUUGACCGCCGCUAUUAUCCAAGCCAACUAAAUCUUCCUAUCUAAAUACGGAAAAUUUGCGGGUGACAAAAUGGAGAUCAAACCUUGUUACUUCUUGGUUGCUAUUGCAACACUCAUGAUUAUUGUUUGUGGAUCAGACAUAGACAACCAGCUUUCAUAUGCCUUCUGCAAUAAAUGUAUAGCGACCAACAUAUGUUUCUUCUUCAUGACUCCAUGCACAGCUUCCCAUGUGCUUCGUUUGCAACCUUGUAUUGUUUAAUCCUGCCGUGCCGUUGGUGAGUGUUCAUCCAACCCUUGGUCC